CCUUCAUCCCCUGAACACAACAGAAAGGUUACGCACUUUUAACAUCCAAGUGUACUUUUUUAACUUUUAACAAGCAUGACUUCUACCAAGUCCAGAGCAAAGCACCGUGACAUUCGUGAGCCUUUGACGAACCGAAUCAGAGGUAUUCUUGACGAGUAUCCAGAUGGGACUCAAAUCGCUCGUGAGUUACUCCAGAACAGCGAUGACGCCCGUUCGAAAAUACAGUGGUAUCUACUUGAUCACCACGAUUACCGGGUUAACAAACCCAAAGAUCAAGACGCGGCUUCGGCCUCUUCUGAACAAAGCCCGCUCAAGCUUUUAGAUCCUGACAUGGAUGAAUACAUGGGCCCAGCGUUGCUGUCAGGAAGCGACUCGAUGUUUGAAGAAAAGGAUUUCAAGUCUAUGAUGAACCUUGCAGCGAGCGAAAAGCGAAAUGAUGAAACGAAAAUCGGCCAAAUGGGCAUAGGGUUCAAUAGCAUUUACCAUCUUACCGAUUGUCCCUCUUUCAUCACAGGCUCUGACCUAAUGGUGAUUGAUCCCCAUGAACGUAUCCUUGAUGGACGAAACCGUGAUCUCCCGCCUCGUUCAGCAUCAUAUAAUUUUGUGGAGGAUCGCUGGGGGUUGGAAUAUAUCCCUGAUCAACUAAAGGCCUUUUCGGUGCUUGAAGACAUUGACUUUUCCAAACCGUACGAGGGAACUAUCUUUCGAUUCCCGUUAAGAACAAAAGAGCAGGCAAAGAACUCACUUCUCUCCAAAAAAGCAUACACGACCGAAAAGGUGCUGGAGAUGCUAUUGAAGCUAAGAGAUGAAGCAUUGCGCGGCAUCCUGUUCUUGAAACAUGUUGAACGUAUCAUCAUCUAUGAACGCAAAGCGCUUGAUAAAACCCCCAAGAAACUCUUUGAGAUAGAGAUCUUGAAUGCUGAGGAGGUGCGAAAGAAGCGGUUACAGUUGCUUUCGAAACUAAGGAGCCAUGUCAACGCAGAGGAGGAUGAGGACACCGAAGCCACCCUCGAGUAUUCGAUCCAGCCCGUUUACAGGCUUACUCAAGCUGACGGCUCCAUUACAGAUGAAGCUUGGCAUAUUACUACUUUUAUUGGAAAUGUAGUGAAGGCCCAUCAGCACAUGACUGAGCAAACGGGAGGAGACCUCAGCACCCACAAACUCAUUCCAUGGGUCGGGAUUGCUGCACCGUCAAUGCCUGGUGUUAAAGUAGAUGGUCCUCGCUUGUUUUGCUUCCUACCUAUCGGCAUCUCUUUACCAUUUCCUGUCCAUAUCAACGGACAUUUUGCAGUCAAACAAAGCCGGCGUGAGAUUUGGACAAAUCAAGACAACGAUUUUGCAAAGGACGCCUCCGCGAACAUCAAGUCGGAAUGGAACAUUCAUUUGUUUGAAGCCCAUGUUCCGGUCGUUUACGCCAAAUUUUUGGCCGAUCUAGGUCUUGCACGUGGGCCAAACUAUAGCCUGUGGCCUACAUCAUGUGGAGAAGGCCUUGGAGUGGACAUGCUAUGGAAAGAUUUGUUGAGCAAUGUCCUUCGAGUUGUUUGCAAGGAGGACCUUGCUGUGUUUUUCUGUGGCAGUGAAACAUCGAAUGACCAGCGCUUGGUGAGCUACAGCUCAUCUUGGAUCGCAGGACGGGAUUUAGACUGUCACCCACACCUUCUCAAAGCCCUACAGGAGUUGGAUGAGAUUGUCGUAGACCUUCCUGACCCAAUCCUCGAAGAACUUCAGGAGGUAAUCGAGGACCUUGACCUUGAGGAUCGUAUCCUCACCCCGGAACUAGUCAGAGUCCUUUUAAGAGACACCAAAAAGAGGUGGUCAUCAUCUACUUCCAACGAAACCAGGAUCGACAUGCUGACGUAUUGCAUUCAAGAUGGAGAAAUCGCUGACCUUGAAGGAUUGCCAUUGCUCCCUAUGGCUGGUGACACAUGGGUUGAGUUUUGCUCCGAUGAAAGGGAUUGCAGAUAUAUUACAUCGCCUAAAAUCUUCAAGGUCCUCGAGCACUCGAAUGAAGGCCUUGUCGACAUUGAUAUCGAUGCAGACUUAGUCGAGUCCUUCAGAAACGAGGAAGGAUUCAGCGCUUUUUGGUGCAAUUUACAGAUCCCUGAUCUUGCAGCGAGAAUCCGGGAUCUCUUUUUUGCUUUUGUUUACAGUGGUAGGAGUAUACCAGUGAACGUCAUUGACCAGACAGAGGAAGAUUUCCCUACAGCACAAUGGAUCAAAGACUUUUGGGAAAUGGUUUGUUCUUUCAAAGAAGGCAGUAGCUUGCUUUCGAGACUCGACGGGCUUCACCUAUUACCAAUCACUCGAGGUCGCCUUUCACCUCUUUCUAAAUCUUUCCCAGUGGCCUACCUUGACCAAUCAGACCUCAGCAAAGAGCCAACACUACAAUCAUUUAUCGAUGUGUUGGACAAGCAGCUGGAUUAUCGCGUGCUGCGCGAAGGUUUUAUGAGACAUGAAGGUAUUGCAGGGGACUAUGUGUUCGAUGUUUCAAAUGCUUCCAUGGUUCUGGAGAUCGUACCCAAGAUAUCUGAAGCCAAGUUAAAAGGCUUGCCUCAAGCCGACUGUCAAGUAAUCUGCAAUUAUAUUGCUCGAUGGCUGUCUACUGAAGUUGGCCUUCAUAUUGAGCAACGUAAGGCCCUAAUGUCGUUACCCAUCUUUCAAACAUACGACAUGUCAUCACUUGUACCCCUGCAAGGCACUGGAACCAUGGAGAGGAGUUGGAGAGUGGCCUAUCGAUUCUCGCAUUCAGAAUACCCAUGGCAGCCACGCUCUAUCCAGCUGUUAGCAGAUGAACAACCCUUGCUUCAUCAUCUUACUAAACUUCUUCAAAUAAUCCCCAUUAAGGAAUCUGAUUAUUGGUACCACCACAUCCUGUCAAACCUCGAUCAAUAUGAAGACGAAUGGGACCCGAUCAUGCACAAAUUCUAUGGAAUGUACCACAUUCACUCAAAGGAUUAUAAUUUCGUGUCACUCUUGCAAGAUGUGCCUUUCGUCCGUGUGUCAGGGCCAAAAAUGGCUGAAGAAAAUGGGUCAAGCAAACGACUGAGCCCCAGAUACGUUGUCGACCCUAGCCUCUCGGAAUAUUUUUUGGACGAUGAGAUCUUAUUUCCGAUAGGCCAAUAUGCCCCUCCCGGAGCUAUCUUCAGUGCAUUGAAGGAGAGCAGUAUUAGAUCGAAAUUUGAUGCCAGCUUUGUAGUAGAACGCAUUUCUACACUUUCAGCACGCACAAAGUCGAGCGGAGUUGAGACUUGCCGACCGGUUUUAGUGCACCUAUAUUCUCAGCUCAACGUAAACUUCUCGGAACAGUUUUGGUCAAGCGACUUACAAACGGUGCUCAAAACAACACCAUGGAUCUUAGCAGGGAUAGACGGUGACAAACAAUGCGAGUUAUAUUCUCCUGCAGAAUGCCGACCAAUGAGUGAUCAAUCAUUAGUGGGCUCAAAGAUGCCACUCGCAAUGUUCACUUUCACUAACCAAGCAUUGAUUAAGCGCAUGGGUUGGGACACUCCAGCCCCAUUAAACAAGGUCUUGGAGCACUUUAUAAGCUUGCUUGAUGCUCCUCUUGCUAUCAGUGAGUCUGAAAUCAACAGUAUUUACAACUACCUCCAAGAGAAAGUUAACAGCCCGAACGAGCUAUCCUAUAUGAAAGCGGCUCUGAACUCAAAGCCUUGGAUUCGUAUCAACGGCGCAUUUUACACAACAGAAAAAGCAGUUUUCACAAUGGAUUUCAAACUAGAGCCUUACUUUGUUCAGGUCAAUCAAUCGAACCUUGCGAGGCUGUUCCGGGCGAUGGGUGUCCAGGAAUGCCUUGGUAUGCGUGAUUUGAGGACUGUCAUGUCGAAGAUUGCCUCCGAGUACAAAGAUGAUGAGGAGCUGCAUAAAGACGAUAUAGAUUUACUUGUCAAGUUACUAGACGCGAUCGCCUUCCACAAAGAUUUCAACUAUUCUUCUGACCUCUGGGUCCCAACUUCGGAAAAUCGACUAUGCCAAAUCACCGAAAUUGUUUUUGAUAACGUGAGCUUUCGCCGCACGAAUUCAAGCAUAUUCGAAAAUGGUGAACUUUUUAAAUACACCUUUGCCAACAAUCGUAUAUCACUUUCUUUGGCAGAAAAACUCCAGUUGCCAAUGUUCUCCAGCAAGGCUUGGGAAGAUCAAAGAGAUAUUUCAUUUCAACCAUGGGCACAGGAAGAAGAUAUCUUAGAUCGUAUCAAAAACAUCCUGAAUGACUAUGAUCCUGCAAAUAUCUUCACGGAAUUCCUUCAAAAUGCGGCGGAUGCAGGUGCUACCAAGUGCACAUUCAUGUUGGACCAACGAUCAUAUGGUAAAGAAUCGCUGUUAGAAAAAGAGAUGUCUGCAUGGCAAGGACCAGCACUUGUUAUCUAUAACGAUGCUGAGUUCAAAGAAGAUGACUUCCAAGCGUUGUGCAAACUUGGACUCGGAAACAAACGUGAUGAUCCUUCUAAAAUAGGACGUCAUGGCCUAGGAUUCAAUUCUGUAUAUCACUUCACGGAUGUGCCCAGCGUCUUGAGUGGAUCACACAUUGUAUUCUUCGAUCCAAAAAAGAAGUAUCUUCCAAAAAGUCAUACAUCAAGAGGACUGGUAGCGCAUGGUGGCCAAAGGUGUAAUUUUUUAGAGCUCAAAGGUGAUACUUAUGCCGAUCAAUGGAAACCGUACAAAGGGCUUUUUGGAUGCGAUAUGAAGUCUCAUUUCCCUGGAACUAUCUUCAGAAUCCCACUGCGAACAUUUGGUAAUCAAAACUCGUUGACACAAGACACACGGAUAGGAAGCGAAUGGACUAUAAUUCAGGUUAUGGACAUGCUGCGUUCUUGGCAAGAAGAUGCUAGCAUAGGGAUGCUAUUUUUGAAGAACAUGAAGGAGAUUGAACUUAAGGAUAGUAACGACGACUAUGCGUGGUGUGUCACCAAAGAAGAUGAUAUCCCAAAUUCAAAGAAUGUAUUACGGCCGGAAGGUGGUUCAUCUUCCACCACUCAAAUAGUCGAUAUCAUUACUAAAGGUUUACCUUCAAAUGCCAAGGAGCCUCAGAAGUGGCUGAUUCACGUCGAUUCGGAGUUCCCAGAAAACACUAACGAUCCAGUAAAGGAGCAGGCCCGAGCUAAUAAAUGGAGUUCAGAGCGCGGAAUAGCUAUCCCCCUAUAUAAUGACUUCCGUUCGCCCCUAAACGAGGGUAGGCUUUUUACUCACUUACCUACCUCAAUCACCACUGGCCUUAAAUUUCAUAUCCAUGGUGUUUUCGCGCUGACAUCAAACCGCAAGAACCUUGCAGGAGGGUCAGACAAAAGUAACCCCCAAGCAUCCUGGAAUAAUUUUAUGAUGAAUGAAUGCUUGCCGCUAACGACAGCCCGUGCUUUCAAAAAUCUGCACCGAUGGACAUUCCGUGCUAUUGGUCGUGGGCCUUCAAAAGGCCGUGGUAUCGAGUUAAACGUGCAUAGCUACUUCGGACUUUGGCCAACUAAGGGAAAGGACAACGUAGAAUCUUUUAUCGGCAUUUUCUCGAGACUCGCUUACGAUCAACAAAUCUUUCCUUGCACGAAAGACGGAAGAGUCAUAGCACUGACGGGAGAAGAUGUUGUCUUCCCUGGCUUAGCUGGCGCAUUUCCGGAGGUGCGUCAAUGGGUCCAUGAUGUUAUUUACAGCAAAGGCGUCCACAUUUGCGAAAUCUCACCUCUAAUUCUGCAGUCCAUUAAGAAGCAUUGGAAGGCCGAACCCCCAUUGCCUUUCACUGUCAUCGAUGAGGAUUAUGUUCGAAGACUCAUCAGAGAAGACCCAACCUUUGUACCGGAAAAAAUGAAGAAGCCCGAGGCCAGGCGUUGGAUCCUCCAGUACACGCUGAGUGCAAUCCUCGAGCCUAAGAGGGACAUUCAGGAGCCCAUCAAUGGCCUUGCACUUUUGCCAUUGGUAAAUGGAAGCUGGGUACCGUUGUCCCCAUCACCUGUACGCUAUGUUACAAAACCCGAAGUAAGAAAAUUGAUUAAUGGAGGAGACCUUCUGGUGGACGAGAGUUGGUUCCAGGAAAGCAUUUCGAGAAACCUGUCAGUAGACGGUUAUGGGACGAAAGGCCUCGAAGACAUCCUUACGAGGCUGAUCGAGGAUAGGACUUAUGGUCUUGAGCAACUACCGCCAAAUAAAUUUGCCUCCAUCUUCUGUGCAGAGCAUCCAAAUGGUGUACCCGAGGACAAGCAUGACAAUCUUUGGCGAUAUUUGGGCUUACACUCGGACCUCGACGCAUUCGGCGAUAUCCCAAUUCUCCGAAUGCUCAAUGGGACAAUGAAACCUCUGAAACAGUGCAAGGUGUCAUUCGAAACCUCAAAAGCUGAUAGCGAGGUCAAGGUGAAUUUGCAAAAGUUGGGUCCUCUUCUUUUGGAUUUGGCCUUUGGCGUGUUUAGUGCAGAUGAUAAUAGAAGGCAUCCAUACUUUACUCAAGCAUCUCUCAAGGCUUCGAACGAGGAGAUUCUCAAAUGCAUUGCUAGAAGGUGUGCAAACUGGCCGGGCCGAUCUAUUACAAAAGUGGAAGCUGCGGUUAUAAGGUCGAUGCUGGGCAGGAUGAACGAUGGCUUUAAGGAAUACGCAGAGCCUCUCGGUAUCCUUCAAAUCUGGCCGUCAUUAACAGUAAGCUCUAGUCAAGAGCAACCUUUAAUUUGUGCUCGUGGCUCAUAUUUUUUGGGGAGAGGUUGCGACUUGGCCAAUCUCGGCCAGUAUCCAGAUAUUAUAAAUUCAGAUUAUUGCAAAAUGUUUGCAGCAAUGGGAGCUCAGUGUCUGAAUCUGGUUUCGGCCGCAGAAUCCAAAGUACUUCCCAAGUUCAUCAAUGGCACACUUAGCUGCCAAGGAUACGGCAAGGUGGCCUAUUUUAAUAUGCUCAACAAAAUCAUCAGCAAGAGUACUUCAAACAGUAAGGGCAGCAAUGAGGCAAAAAGAUUCCUUUUGUGGAGUAGAUGCAUUGUAGCACGCGAUGGUUCCUUCAAAGUAAGUAGCAAUCUCUAUGACCCAGAUGACCUACUUGUCUCGACGGUCUUUGAAGGGGAACAAUCUCUAUUCCCGAGUCAAGAAAUAUGGGCCAUAAUUCAAAAUAAGAAACAAUUGUUUUCGUUCCGGAACUCAAAUGACUCAACAGUCGUGCGGGAGUGUGCCUCGCAUGUCCUGGAUCUCAUCAGAAGCGAAGCUCCCAAUGUUCGCUCAAAAGCCGUACAACUUGUGCACUUCAUCUACAACAAUUGCGGGAACAGCAGUUGCAGGAACAUCAAUUGGAUGGAUCCUCAGUGGCAGAUUGUCCCAGCUGAAGUCAUGCAAGACGAGCCCUACAAUGAGUUCAAGCCUAAGCUAUCAGCAUACCUACCGUUCUGCAAGGUUGUUGACCCUAAAUGGCGUGAGGUCUGCUGGACUCAGUGCGCUUUCUUUCCACAGUCACUCAAGCCGUCCAGUACUUUCAAACAGUGCUAUCCCUCUGUAGGAGAUUUCGAUAUCACCCAGAUCGUGCACCAUUUAUCAAUGUUGUCCCAGAAAGUGGCUCUAACAUGGAAAUCUACGGAUAAACAGCUGAAACUGAAGCUUUCCCUGUUCAAGAUCUAUGACACCCUCCAGUCCGUUGCAGAACAGUCCGAGGAAGAGAGGAAGGCACUUUCUCGAGCACUUUCCAACAUGAAGGGGCCGUAUAUCCUCAAUGGCAAUGACAAGGACCCUAGCCGACCAGAAUCUUGGCUGUGGCCAAAGCAUUUGAUGCUGGACAUUGAAAACAACACUGGACAUUUUUCUGCUGUCCAUCCAUCCAUGGAAGCUUACCGAGAGUUUUUAGUAACUGCAGGAGCUCUACAAAUGGAAAAUGUAGAAGGUAGCGUUGAGGUUCCAAAAGGCCGUCGACCUGGUGAGAUUGAGGAGCGGCUGUUCAACUGUUGGGUCUCACAAGACCGACACAACGGCUUCAUGGAUGUUCGCUUCGUUUUUUCGGAUAACCAAGAGAUUUUGGCGCACAAAUUCAUGCUUGUGCAUACGAACGAAUAUUUUGCCCGCAGAUUCACAGGCACAUGGGCUCAAUAUUCUACGAGAGAUCCAUCGGAUCUUGGAGUUGAGAUCAUUAAUAUGUCGGAAGAACAAGAAAGCUUUGAGGCAUUUUGGGGCCUUAUCCACUUCCUUUACACAGAUCAACUCAUUCGGACAGACGAGCGUCCCGUCCUAAAUGAUGCGAGAGCAAUCCCUGAAUCUGAAGAUGCGAUCAGUAUGCGAGGCGAAUUUUUGAUGGAUCUGCUGCAAUGGGCGAAUCAAUAUGAUGCCCCGAGGUUGAAGGCGUUGAUCGCUGAUGAAAUUGUGUCUACGAAGGGAUUUGUGGUUCAUGGUAAUGUGUUCGAGAUUCGUGAGCAUGCCAAACUUUACCAAAGCAAGGAUAUCCAAGAUUAUUGUGAGGAGUUCUUACGGAGGAAUGCAUUUAGCGUCAGGGAGUAUCUUAAUAAUGUGCUACGAGAAUCCCGAGAGGAAUUGAAGAAACUCACUGGCAAAAAUCAUGGAGCAGAAAGAGCUGACUUAAAACAAAAAAUAGAGAAUGUGGAAUCGUAUUUGAGAGAUUUAGCCAUGAUCAACGCUUGA